AAUGUUUUCUGUUUGUCUGAGACAGAUAAAAUGAAGACUGUGUCAGUGAUGGAGGGAAAUUCUGCCAUAUUAAAAACUGGGAUCACUGAAAUACAAGACGAUCAUAGAAUAAUCUGGAGGUUCGGAGCAAAAGGCCCCAUCAUCGCUCAGGUUCAUAAAAAGACCUAUAAUGUCCCAUAUACUGAUGAUGAGAGAUUUAGAAACAAACUUCAUCUGGAUAAGAGGACCGGAGAUCUCACCAUCAAUGAUGUCAGAAUCAGGAUCUCUGGAGAUUAUCAUCGAGAGAUCACCAGAAGAAACAAAAUCACUAAAUCAAAGAGAUUCAGAGUUGUUGUCCGAGUGGACACAAUAAAGGUUACAGAGGGAGAGUCUGUCGACCUACAGACGGGCAUUUCUGAACUACAGGAUGAUGAUCAGAUACAGUGGAGAUCUGAAGCUAAAGAUGCCAUCAUAGCUGAAAGAAAUGGAAAGACUGAUAAAAACAUGACGUUGAACCAUCAGACUGGAUCUCUUACCAUCAAAAACAUUAAAAACUCCCACUCUGGAGUUUAUGAACUACAAAUUAAAAACAAAAAUACAACUUCAUAUAAGAAAUUCAAUGUUCUUGUCUGGUUUAAUACAUUAAAACAUACAGCGGGUGAUUCUGUCACUUUACACACUCAAGUCUCAGAGCUGAAUGAAGACCAUCAGAUACUGUGGACGUUUGGAGAUAAAAACACUCGUAUAGCUGAAAUCAACCGAGCCAGCGGUGAGACUCAGAUGUAUGUAUAUGAUGGUAAUGAUGAGAGAUUUAGAGAUAGACUGACACUGAAUGAACAGAAUGGAGAUCUGACCAUCAGAAACAUCAGCAGAGGACAUUCAGAUGUUUAUAAACUCCAGAUCAACAGCAAAUCAGAGAGCACAUGCAAGAGUUUCAUACUUGCAAUAAAUGAGAAACUGGAGUCAGUGAUGGAGGGAGAAUCUGUCACACUACACACUGAUCUUACUGACAAACAGAACAAUGAUGUGAUGAUACAGUGGAUGUUUGGACCUGAAGAAAGUCUCAUAGCUAAAGCUGAUAUGAACAACCAGAUGCUUUAUGGUGGUGCUGAUGAAAGAUUCAAAGACAAACUCGAUCUGGAUCAGACUGGAUCUCUCACCAUCACAGGCAUUACCAGUAAACACACAGGACUUUAUAAACUACAGAUCAUCAGCAACAAAGAAACCAAAUACAAGAGAUACAGAGUUUCUCUCCGUGGUCGAGAAAGAGACGGAACGGCAGGUCAUAUAGAGAUGGUGUCAGAGGCGAUUCCUUUACUUCCCAUACGAACCUCACAACAGCAGCUGUAGUAUGUUGUCUAUUUAUACCAACACUGUAUGCACAGUUAUAAUACAACAGAGCAGCUGUCAGUGUAAAGCAGGGGUGGGCAUUCCUACAAAGUUUAGCUCCAACCAUAAUCACACCCACAUGAAUGCCAUUUCCAAGUCAUCCAGCAGCCUUUGAUUAGAUUUUUCAGGUUUGUUUGAUUAGGGUUGGAGCUAAACUUUGCAGGACAGUGACCCUUCAUGUCUGUAUGGAACAAGACUCACUCACAGCUUUGACCAAAAUAAUUUAACAGGCUUAUGUUUUGCAAUAAACCUCAGUCUCUGUGUUGUGCAUUGUAGGCAUUUUUGAGGCUGCCCACAAGCUGUCUUGCAGUGUUGCCAGGUCCAUUUGGUGCUUAACCGUUUGUGGCUUUUGGCUCAUGAAGCAAUCAAGUUUUUGGUGUUAAUAAAGUGAGAAACUGUCAGUGCCAAUAUUUUGAUCUUUGAGGUAAAGCAUUUGGAUUUAUUUUGGUUUAUUAUUGGAUUUUUCUUGUUCGCUGUUUUUUAGUGCAAGAUCUGGCAACACUAGUCAGCAAACGCCACGUCAUUUUCUGAACCGCACAUACAGAAGACUUUUUCCCCUUCUAGGCAUUUAUUUUUUUUAGAAGAGAGACCUUUCAUGUCCAUGGUGCACGUUAAAACACUUUAUUAACUACUAGUUGUUCAGUUUGGUUCAAUUCGGUUGUCACUACCUGCAUUUUGCGGGAGUUAAUUCGGUUGUAGAAUGCAGUUGUCAGUCCUGUAAAUCAGUGUUCCCCAACCUUUUUUCUGUCACGGCACUGUUUUAAUAAGUAAAAAAAUCAUACGGCAUACCCUAUACCAAAAAGCAUUAAAAGAAAUGCACAAACCUCUAUUGCAAUGCUUAAAUGACUUUUUUAAAUGGAAUAUUUUACUAUAUUAAAUGUAGAACUCACAUUCAAUGCAAGUACACUUGUUUUGAUGAACACAAAGAUUAUAUCCUGGCUGGAAUUGAUGACAUUGACAUACGCAGUUGUGAGCAGUGAUUGGGAAACGCUGCUGUAAAUGACUGAACUUUGUGUGUACAGAACUGGAUUAAGCAUUAAAAGGUGAAGUGACAACCAAAUUAAUAUGCAGUGUGUACGGGCACAAUGUGAUGCUGAACUCAUGAGAGAAGAAGAAACAGAAGCAUUUAACACUUUCAUUCAUUUGCCAGUAUAAUCAAAGCAUUAAAUUCAUGUUAUAUGAAUGAUAAAAAGUUGUGCAAUACCAAAAAAGUUGUGCAAUACAAUUUUGCAUGAAUAUGAUACACCAGUCCUUCCCGUUUACUUAAUACGGUGCAUCUGUCGUUUUAUGUUUGGUUUCCUAAUUUUUUGUACUUAAACCAUUCUCUCUUGGGUUUGGGAUUUACUUUAGGCAAUUUAAUAAAUAGGUUUCUUCUAUUUAUUUGUAUGGUAUUUUCCAUUAUCGCUAUCGGCAAAAUCAUCAUACUGGUCAUCUAGUUAGCAGUGUUAAAUCGUUAUUGUUUUAAAUGAUAAUCCUCUUAGGGACAUUGUGUAAAUAUAUACAGUAAAUGUAUUACUUUCUUACAUAAGGAGUGAUCUGAUGUUAAAACAGUGAAAGCUCAAACUGUGAAAAGUCUCCUGUUAAAAAGGGGAACUCGUGCCAAAACAAGAGCUUAUAUCAGCAGGAAACAAAUGUGACAUAAUAUAUAUUACUUAUCGGAUAUAUGAUUUUUAGGAUUAGUAUUUCUUUAAAAAUGUAUUGCAAAAUGAUGGUGUUUCCGCUAUAAAGGCGGUGUAUGUAAAUUUUAGCAGCAUCUAGAGGUAAGAUUGUGAAUAGCAACAGCUCACCUCUCAAUUUUAAAAUGCAUACGAUACACAAUGCACCUUUAACUAUAUCUGUAUUUUGUUUUGUGAACAUAAUUUUCAUAUUGAAAGUCACAUGUAUCUAACAU